AUGGCUUCUUGGUUCAAAGAGGAGACAACUCGCCCAGCUUUCGACAACAAGGCCACGCCGUUAAUUAGUUUCGGUCGGCCAUUUGCAGAAACAUGCUCCAAACACGUCAGAGACAAAUUCGAAAGCUCACGAGUAUACAUCAUAGCCUCUCGUUCUCUCUCACAGAACACAUCAUCCCUCAACGACCUCAAGUCGGCUCUCGGCGACCGUGUUGCUGGUGUUCACAUUGGCAUCUCACCGCAUACGCCACUCCCGGAGAUCGUGGCCAUUCUCUCAGAGGUGAAGUCUCUUGACAUUGACUGCAUCGUGACCCUUGGCGCUGGGAGUAUCACAGAUGGGGCAAAGCUGAUACGUUUUGCUCUGGCAAACAACGCCUUCGCCGAAGAAGAUAUUUACACGCUCUGGGGCGGCAAGUCACACAAUCCCAACAAGCGCGAAACUCUGCACAAACCAACAAUUCCAUUGAUAUGUAUACCGACUUCACUGUCCGGAGGCGAAUACCAGGCCAUUGCGGGAGCAACAGAUGUAAAGACCAAAGCCAAGUACACCUUCGAGCCCAUUGUCGAUCCCGAUCUAGUAAUACAAGACCCGCAGUUGACGACAACGACGCCAGAACGUAUCUGGCUCAGUACUGGCAUCCGAGCAGUGGAUCAUUGUGUUGAGACCUUAUGCUCGCUACAGAGUAACGAGGAUGGCGAUGCAUGGGCAGCAAGGGGUCUCGAGAAGUUGAUAUCCGGUCUUUUACGAUGCAAGCAUGAUCCUGGAGAUCUGAACGCUCGUCAUCUUUGUCAGACAGGCGUUGUGGAAGCUAUGCGCGCGGUAUCCUCGGGUGUACCACUAGGUGCGAGUCACGCUAUAGGACAUCAACUGGGUCCUUUGGGUGUCGGCCACGGCGAGACGAGCUGUAUCCUGCUGCCAGCAGUUUGCAAAUUCAAUGCCGGUAAGGAUGUUAAUAACGACCAGCAGGAUCGCACAGUCGAGUUACUUCUCGAACAGCAAGCGGUCAAGUCUCUGCUACAGGUAAAUGGGGUGUUAGGCGACAAGCUCGAUCUUGGUGAUAUUCUGGACUUGGUCAUACGGGAGUUGGAUAUGCCGCGUACACUGAAGGAUGUGGGAGUUACGGCUGACCACUUACCGGGCCUGGCUGAAAACAGCUUAAACGAUAUCUGGAUUAAAACGAACCCGUAUAAAAUUACAAAAAAGCAAGAGGUGUUGGAGAUUUUAGAACAGGUUAGUGGGGAUACAAGUCCCUUUGGACUGUGA